AUGAAGGCGUUUUCGUUAGCGAAGAAGAAAACCCCGUUUCAGAAGCAUCGCGAAGAGGAGGCGAAAAAAAAGCGGGAAGCGGAGGAGGCGGCGCGUGUCUACGAUGAAUUCGUCGAGUCUUUUAAAGUGGAUGAUAAGAAACCGAAGGCAUUUGUGCGAGGAGGAACUAUCAAUCCCAACGCCAAGCACGACACACCCGGGGAAGAACCUGGAAGCGCUUCCAAAAAGGCCACAGCGAGAUACGUUCCGUCAUUCCUGCCGCCUCCGUCGCAAAGCCCGCUUGCUGGAAUUUUAUCCAAGGACAAGAAUCCGUUCGGGGUGGAUGAACCAGAGAAACCAGCAGAGCCCGUGCCAAAGGCGAAGGAGCAGAAGAAGCCGCGCAACAUCGAUUUCUUCAUGCAGGAGCUGAAGCAGGAGCAGGAGCUGCGCGAGCAGAGGGAGAAGGAGCUCAAAGAGCGAGCGGAAGCGAGGGCGGCAGGCAAGCCGUAUGGGAACGAGGGGCAGCCGUCGCUGCUGGGGAGUGAGGGGACGGAUCUGCUGCAACCGUUCCCAGACGGGGUUCGAAGAAGGCCGUCCAAGUUCGACACAGGCCCGCCCCUCAUUGCCACGCCUCCGGGCAUCACCACUGUUUCCACCGACGAUGGGGGAGACCCCCUCACCACCAACCUUUAUGUCGGCAACCUGUCUCCCAAGGUCGAUGAGAAUUUCCUGCUACGGACGUUUGGGCGGUUUGGGCCGAUAGCGAGUGUGAAGAUCAUGUGGCCGCGCACAGAGGAGGAGCACCGGCGGCAGCGCAACUGCGGCUUCGUGGCGUUCAUGAAGCGCGCCGAUGCUGCCAAGGCCAAGAACGAGAUGGACUGCAUGGUGGUGUAUGAGUACGAGAUCCGCAUAGGGUGGGGCAAGGCCGUCUCGCUGCCUGCCUCGGCUCUCCCGGCGCCUCCCCCUGGCCAGAUGGCAGUUCGCCCCAAGGAGCUGCCGCCCAACUCAGGAGAGGCUGUUGCUGCCAACAGCGCUGUUAUUGCUAACAGUGCUGACCCGCUUGCUGCUGCUGCCGCCGCUGCUGCUGCUGCUGCGGCUGCGAUCAACAUGGCGAGCUUGGGAGCGGAGAACGCAGAAGUGGUCAUCACGCCGAACGUGCCAGACAUCAAGAUAGUCCCGCCCAAGGAUCCACAUCAGCGCCACGUCAUCGAUACGCUGGCGCUGUAUGUGCUGGACGACGGGUGCAUGUUGGAGCAGGCCAUCAUGGAGCGCGGCCGCGGCAACCCGCUCUUCUCCUUCCUCUUUGACCUCGGCUCGCCCGACCACACUUAUUAUGUGUGGCGAGUCUUCUCUUUUGCACAGGGAGACACCCUACAGCGGUGGCGCACGGAUCCCUACAUCAUGAUAUCAGGCAGCGGCAGGUGGAUUCCGCCCCCUCUGCCCAAGACAGACGAGCUCGUGGGCCCCACAAUUCUGGACAAGGACAAGGGCGGAUCCACCUACGCUGCAGGGAAGCCAAAGGAGCACUCCCUAACGGAGAAGCAGCGGGACAAGUUUGAGGACUUGCUGAGGCGGCUCUCUCUCGAGAGGGAGGACAUUUGCAAUGCCAUGGCGUUUGCUCUCGACCACGCAGAAGCAGCCACAGACAUAGUCGAAGUGCUUAUCGAGUCCCUCACGCUGCUCGAAACGCCCAUCCCCCUUAAAGUCGCGCGCCUGAUGCUUGUAUCGGAUAUCCUCCACAAUUCAUCUGCGCCGGUCCGGAACGCAUCGGCCUACCGGACCGCUUUCCAGGGGUAUUUACCCGACGUGAUGGAGAGUUUUAACGACUGUUUGAAUGCCGUUUCGGGCAGGAUGACCGCGGAAGCUCUGAAGGACCGGGUCCUGAAGGUGAUUCAGGUGUGGGCGGAUUGGUUUUUGUUCUCCGAAGCGUAUUUGAACGGGCUUAGAAUGACGUUUCUGAGGGCGGUUGGGACGGCUGUGCCGCCGUUUCACACUCUGCCCGAGGAUGAAGAGGAGGAGGAGGAGCAAGGCGGGGCUGGGAAUGGGGCUGGUGGGUCAAAGGAUGCAAAUAAUAGCGCUGCUGCUGCUGGUUCUGGUGCCGGUGGUGCGGACAGUGUUGGUGGUGGUGGUGACACUGCUGCUGCUUCUGCGGAAGGAUCAGCAGCAUCAGCAGCAGAGGGAGACUCAGCAGCAGCAGAGGCUUCUGUGCCGGUCUCUCCAGAGGAGGCAGCCCGAAAGGAGCUUCUCGCACUCCCAUUGGUGGAGCUCAAGCGUCGCUGCAAGCACAACGGCUUAUCAACCCGAGGGGGAGUGCCUAUCAUGGUGGCUCGGCUGCUUUCGUUGGAUGCGACUGAACAGGCAAAGAAGGCUGCCGAAGCUGAGGCAGCUGCUGCGGCUGCUGCUGCGGCCGAAGCUGCGGCAGAGGCUCGGAGGGCGAGCAUCGCGAAGCGAAUGGAAGGGAGUGUGGGGUGGUCGGGAUGGGUUGAGGUGAAGAAGGAAGAGAAGGAAGGGAGCAAGGGCGAUGCGGGUGGGGAGGGGGGUAGGGCUGGUGCUGCUGGUGAUAGUGGUGGUGCUGCAUUGCCAAAGAAGUUUGUCCUGCCUACACCGGAGCUUAAAGCCUUUGGAUCGAAAUUGGAGAAAUUGGAGAAGCUGGGUCCGCUUCUCAAGUCGGUUAAGCUUAAGUUGGAAAAGAAAGCGGUCGGUUUGCCCCAGUCAAAGUGGAAUAAGGAUGAUGAGGAUGAGGAUGAGGAGGGGGGAGGAAAGGGAGAGGAUGAAGAGGGGAAUGAGGAGGGGGAUGAUGACGAGAGGGGAGGGAGGAAGGGGAAGAAGAGGAGGGAAUCGGUAGGUGGGAGUGAUGCUGCGGAUGGUUCUCAUUCCGCUGGUGCUGCGGCUCCGUCCCCCUUUAAAGCUGCCUCGAUUGUCUCAUACAACUCGUCAGACGAAGACAAAGGCUCACCACCCCGGCGCACCUCUGCCGCCCACCGAUACUCUGUCUCUUCUGGGGGAGGCGGUAUCCAGGGUAACAGGCAGAUGCACUUUCAAGACCAGCAGGAGGAGGAGGAGAGGAGGGCAAAGCAGAGGAAACUAGAGCUAGCAGUUUUGGAAUUUAGGGAUGCUUUAGAGGCUCAGCAUUUCAAGGCGUUUGAGGUGGAAGUGAAAGUUGCGGCGCACAGGAAGAAGCUUGAAGAGGAAAUGGCUGCUGGCACGUGGCCGCCCAUGAUUGGGCGGUUGGCGUCGAGCGGGCGGCAAGCGUCGGCUGCAUAUGGCGCACCCCUUGGGACUCCAGUUUCCUCUCCCGUUUUCCCUCCUGCUCCCCUUCCUGUUUCUGGUAUUGGUUCUCCGGUCCUUGUAGCUGUUGCCGCCGUGGCUGCUUCUGUUGUGACCCCUGAUGCCCCUGCUGGCCCCCCUGCUGCCUCUCCUGCCCCUGAUGCCCCUGCUGCACCCCCUGAUGCCCCUGCUGCGCCCCCUGAUGCCCCUGCUGCGCCCCCUGCCGCAUCUGCUGGCUCUGCUGCUCCCUUUCCUCUUUCCAUUUCUUCCACACCUCAAAGCUACACUUCUUCUGGCACAUAUUCAUAA